GUUGUACAUGGUAAAGAUGAUGACGUUCUUAUUGAAUCUGAAGAUAUGAAAACUAUGAAAGAUAUGUUUAAUCGUUCAAUGAGCAUUACCGAUGACAAUGAUCAUUCAGAUGUAUCAAUUGCAAAAAAAAAAAUUGUGAAAAAUAAAAUAAAGAUUUCUCGAAAAAUCAUUGGCUUUGAAAAUAUAGAUAAUGUAUCAUGUUAUGCAAACUCUGUUAUUCAAGCUUUAUAUCAUUGUGAUAAGUUAGUAAGUGCGAUUCAUAAAGGUCAAGUUGGAGAAAAAUUAAAACAACAGCUUAUUGGCUAUGAAGCUAAUAAAGUGACUAAUAUGUUUGAAAUUAGAAAAUAUGUUGAUGACACUUUAAACAAUACGAUUUUUACAAGAAAUGAGCAACAAGAUUGUGUAGAAUUUAUGGAAGCUUUAAUGAAUUGUAACCGUAGUAUAUAUGAUAUCUUAUUCAGUUUUACCGAAAGUUGUAUAAGUUACUGUGAUAACUGUAAAAAAGAAAUUUGCAUUCAAGAGGAACGAAAUCUUGUGAAACGUUUAGAAUUACCUUCUAAUUGUGAACAUAGUAUAGAGCUAGAAAGUCUACUUGAAUUGAAUAAAAAUAAAUGGACAUCCAUUGCUGAUUAUUCUUGCCAAAACUGUAAUCAAAAAGGAGGUUUCAAAAGACGACACGAAAUAAUAAAGGCAAAUGAUUACUUACAAUUGUAUUACAAUUGUCAUUAUUCAAUUCUGCUUGGAUAG